AUGCAGAAGCAAGAAGGGACAUCCAACUGUGGCUUGUUUGCCCUUGCAGUUGCAACCAGUCUGUGCUGUGGUGGCUUACCGGAAGAUUGUGACUGGCAAGAUGAAAUGCCUGGACAUCUGGUGAAGUGCAUUGAAGCUGGUGUGAUAUCGUCUUUCCCAAUGUCCAAUACCAGUCGAAAUCACCAACUUUACCACAGCAGCGAAGAGAUUGACAUAUAUUGCCAUUGCAGACAACCAUACAGAGAGAACAUUUUUAUGGUUCAGUGUGACAAGUGCCUGGAUUGGUUUCAUCGUGUUGUGAAAGAGUACCAAGAGUUGUUAAAAAGAAUACAUGUUUCUUUUGUAAAAACUGUAAAUAGAAAGAAUUACUGGUGA